UAUACCGUUGGAGAGCUUUGAUUUUAAAACUUUUUAAUGUGACCAGCAGUUAUAGAAUAAAAUAGCUAGCAACGCCAUCCACUGGAAUAUUAUUGUGACAAAACCCUAGGAACGCGCACAAAAUGUUUUCCUUUAAUCUCCCUUGCGGGGAUUUCCAAACAUUAACAACUUUGACCAAAAGCACCAUUACUUUCGAGCCGCCUGUUUACGAGCAGCGCUACUGUGCUGCUAUUCAAAUCCUGGAGGAUAGCCGCUGGUCGGCCCAGAUCAAGAAGGUAGUGGAGUUCGGAUGUGCCGAAAUGCGUUUCUUUCAGCUACUGCGCCGCAUUGAAACAAUUGAAAACAUUACGAUGGUGGAUAUUGACGAGGAAAUACUGAUGAAAAAUGUAACUUGUAUUAAUCCAUUAGUAGCGGAUUACAUAAGACAUAGACUAGGUCCUCUUCACGUAGAGAUUCUAAAAGGCAGCGUGGCCGACGCCUCUGAGCAAUUACUAAACACAGAUGCCGUAAUUGCCCUGGAACUAAUCGAACACGUCUAUGAUGAUGUCUUGAAUCAAAUACCAUCAAAUAUUUUCGGUUUAAUGCAGCCUAAAGUAGCUGUUUUUAGCACCCCGAAUGCUGAUUUCAAUGUGAUCUUCAAACCAUUUAAUACCCUUCUACCGAACGGAUUUCGCCACGACGAUCACAAGUUCGAAUGGACCCGAGAGCAGUUCAAGUCGUGGUGCUUGGGAGUUGUGGAGGAGUACCCCAACUACAUGUUUUCAAUAAUUGGGGUGGGCAAGCCUCCCAAAGGAUUCAGCGACGUGGGUCAUGUGUCCCAAAUAGCAAUAUUCGUUCGCAAGGAUUUUCUCGAUAUGGAGUUGGUUGAACCCUUGAACUCGUCGCCCACUUUCGAAUCCAAGGAACCCUACAAGCUGUUGUACUCCGUCGACUAUCCGUUCUCAGUGGACACGCGGACCGUCAAGGAGAAAAUCUGGUCCGAGGUGGAGUUCGAAAUAAAUAGAUUUAAAAGAGCCCAGGACAUUUCCGAAAAUGAUACGGAAUACGACCAGGUGUCCGGAUAUAAAAUACCAAUUGCUGACUUAUUGACACGCAUUCAGCAUGAAGACGCCUCCAAAGAUGUUCUGAUGGAACUUUUCCAGGAAAAAUCCCUGGAGGUUAAUGAUGACUGCGUAAUUAUACCGGAAUCGGAUGAGGAAUCGAAUGAUUCAGAUCCUGGUGAUUUAUGUGAUCAUUUAUCUCAGGAAGCUAGAUUUUCCGACCAGGAAUCGGAGGAGGAGUGCUGGGAUGCAAAGGAAGAUUCCUAAUUAGAAAUGUUCCUGUUUCCACUUCCAUGUUCCUUAUUUAAAAUUAAGUUUUUUUAAAAUUAACCUAAGCAGUAUCUAGCAUCAUCAUCACAGAUUCUAAACAUUUCACAGAUCAUUAAUCCCCAAUAGUAUUCUCCCAUAAACCAAUUUCAUCUGACAGUCUGUUGACAUUUUGAGUGCAUCAAGGGAUGCGAGUGGGUUUUCCCCGAAUUUCCUCAAUCCUGCUGAACUGACCACCUAAUCCACCCCCCAAGCUGGCCGUUUGUAGUGCGAAAUGUUGCAAAAAUUGGGGUUGCCGCCAAGAUGAUGACGAUGAUGUCGCCAUGUCGUCUGUCUUGCUGUGGCACCCGCACGGAAAUUGCUUUUGUUUGCAACUAUAUACGGGGGAUGCAGGAAGGGAUGCGGCAC